UUAAGGAACUGUGGGUAGAUGGUUUGCAGGACCACAUACACACACAAAAUAGCCGACUAAAGAAAGCGGUGGAGAUCGAGAUCAGUAAGUUUGAUCUGGGAACAAAACCGUGGAGACUGUAUAAGUAGGUGACUGUUGGGGGUGGACAGGCGCUGAAGACUUGCAUUGGUUUAGACCUAGAAGGAAGUGGCAUUUGAUUGGUUAUUAUAAGUGAAAAGGGCCCCUCCCUGGGUGAGAUCUGCCAGCCCUAUAAUUAGGACCUGAAAAUCUCAGCCAGGCCCUCCUUUGUGACGUGGGCCAGUCCACCUCAGCUAUGGAACAGGCCUUGACUGGUGAGGCCCAAAGCCGGUGGCCCCGCAGAAGCGGGAGUGGGGUCAUGGCUGAGGCCCCUGGGCCCAGUGGCGAAUCCCGAGGCCACUCAGCCACUCAGCUGCCAACUGAAAAAACUGUCAGGGGACCAUCGAGGGGCUGCUCGCGCUCCGUGCUCAGAGUAUCCCAGUUGGUGCUCCAGGCCAUCUCCGCUCACAAAGGGCUGACUCUGGCAACUCUCAGGAAGGAGCUCGGAAAUGCCGGCUACGAAGUGCGCAGGAAGAGCAGCCGCCACGAAGCGCCCAGGGGGCAGGCGAAGGCCACGCUCCUCCGGGUCAGCGGCAGCGACGCCGCCGGCUACUUCAGGGUCUGGAAGGCUCCCAAGCGCAGGAGAAAGCCGGGACGCGCGAGGCAGGAGGAGGGCGCGAGCGCUCCCCGGAGGACCCCAGCCGCGCCCCAGAGCUCACGGAGGCGCCGCCAGCCCCUUCGCAAGGCGGCCAGGAAGGCCAGAGAAGUGUGGAGACGGAACGCAAGGGCGAAAGCCAAGGCCAGUGCUAGGGCGAGGAGGACCAGGAGGGCGAGGCCGAGAGCCAAGGAGCCGCCAUGUGCCAGAGUCAAGGAGGAAGCAGGAGCGACAGCGGCAGACGAGGGGCGAGGACAGGCCGUGAAGGAAGACACCAGGCCGAGGUCAGGGAAGGACAAGAGGCGAAGCUCCAAGCCCAGGGAAGAGAAGCAGGAGCCCAAGAAGCCCGCACAGCGGACCAUCCAGAAGCCAACGCCGGCUAAAACUGACCGGACAUCUAGCGGGCAGGGAAGACUCCACUAAAGACUUCCACAAAGACCUCCCCUAAAUCUGAAGGUCUUCCUGAUCCAGUUGGGAAUGCAUCUCGUGGGAGCAGCUUCACUCCCACCAUGGACCAAUGCCUUUCCCCCAUAGGCCCCAAGAAGAGCGGCUGUCACACUCAUUGAAAUGAAAUGGACCUCUAGACCA